ACUUCCCAACACGACAAACAACAACAACAACAUAUUACAAAUCAAAAUUAAACAAAACAACGUAAAAACCAAAACCCACGUUUCUUCUCUCUCUCUCUCUCUCUCUCUAAACCCAAAAACAAAAAGAUAAAAUAAAAACAAAACAACCUUUUAUUUUCCCCUUUUUCUUGUGUUGUACCAUUCUAGGGUUUCGAAAUCCGAAACCAUCGAGAAGCGAAUUUCGCCGGCGGGAUCCGAUUCUCUCCGACCCGGAAUGGAUGCUGUUGUUGUUGGAGUAUCCGAUCCGGUGGACCCGGUUCGGGUGAAGAGGAAGACCCUUCAGGCUGUGCUGGAACAGUGCCAGAGAGCCCUUGAGCUCAUCAACAACGCUUCCGAUGAUGACAACGACGACGUUUCGGGUUCCUCCGAUGAUUCCACCCCUUCUACGAGACCUGAUCCAGAAACCGAUCAGUUGUGUGACCUGCUCAAAUCUAGAGUUGAGUGCCCUGACUUUCUUCAGAAGUUAGAGUGUGCUCAAGCAUCGGUUUUGCUGAACGCAGCUGAAGAAGGUAACUCUUGGGAUUUGGUCAGUGAAAAUGAUCUUUGGGAAGGUUCUGAGUUAGACCAAGAAGAUUUUGUUCUUGUUAGACAAGAAGAUAUAGUGGAGGGAAUUGCUUGCUUCAUGGCUGCAUAUUUAUUGUCCCUUAAGCAAACCAAGGAUUUGACCCCAAAUCAACUCCAGGAAGCUCUCAGCAAGACAUUCUCUCUGAAAAAGAAAAAGGGAAAGCUUCGAAAGGCAUGGGAUGGGAGCAAAGUUAUUUAUAAUGUUGCUUCAUGGGGGGCUACAGCUAUUGGGAUAUAUCAAAACCCUGUUAUUCUAAGGGCAGCAACAAAAGCAUUCUGGACUUCUUGCCAUGUUAUAUCAAAGCUACUCUGAUUAGUCGAUGCAGUUCCGAGAAUCGUUUGAUGUAGUUAUUUAUAUAACGUACUUGUGCUUGUGCUGCUGCAUUGCUUACAGCUUGGUCUUCCACUCUCUGCUUGAUGUACAGUUCAAUUUGUUUGCAACACAGAUCAAUUGAUCUUAGUGUAGUUUGAUCUUGUAAAUAUCUCUACUCAAAAUGUUCAGAGUGUAAUUCAAAUUCUUAUUCACUCAAGCCGGAAAUGUUAUCUUUA